GAAAACGACUGUAUGUGGUCAUCUCGAUACUUGUACAAGUGUGUAGUAUUUGUAUGUAAACUGACCUACUUUUACUAGUGUCAAGAUAUAUACACAAAUUGGUUCCGUGAUUUACAGGGAUCAGAAUGGAAGGGCGUCAGGAGUACCCUCACGCCAGCAUUCAGCUCGGCACGCUUAAGAAACAUGCUUCCACUUAUAGAACAAUGCUCAAAGCAAAUGGUGGAUUUUCUAAGACAAUAUGAUUCACAAGAGGUAGAAAUGAAAGAAACUAUGGGUCAUUUUACUUUAGAAGUUAUUGGAGCCUGCGCGUUUGGGAUCGAAUGCGACGCUUUAAAUAGCGAAAGGUCACAUUUCCUUCGAGUAGCCGAAAAAUUCGAUUACAUGCCGAAAUAUAAAAGAAUGUUCCUGUUAUCAAUCUUACUUUUUAUGCCAAAACUGCUACCUUACUUGAACUUAUCGUUCUUAAAUACAGAAUCUACAGAUGAAUUAGUGAGGAUGUUAAAAGCAGCGAAAGCCGAAAGAAAAGCAGCUGGUUCUAAGAGCAAAGAUUUCCUACAGAUACUCGUGGACUUCGCAAAAAAAGAAACACCCGAGAUGGAGAAUGGAAAAACUAAAAUAGAAUUAGACGACGACACCAUAGACGCUCAGUGUUUGCUAUUUCUAAUCGCUGGAUAUGAAACAUCCAGUAGUUUGUUGUCAUUCGCCCUUCACGCGCUAGCGACUAAACCAGACAUACAAGACAAAUUGCGUCACCACAUCAACGAAGUCACAGAAGGGAAAGAGAUCACUUACGAGCUGCUUUCACAAUUGCCGUACCUUGAAGGAUUUUUAUUAGAAACAUUACGGAUUCAUCCGCCCGUGGCUAGGAUUGACAGAGUGUGCACAAAACCUUACACACUGCCGGGGACAUCGAUAACACUUAACGUAGGCGAUUCCGUUGCAAUACCACUAUAUGGUUACCACAUGGAUCCAAAUAUAUAUCCCGACCCGCAUGAGUUUAUGCCCGAGAGGUUUAUGAAUAACAAUAAAUCUGAGCGACCGUCUCACUUGUUUUUGGCCUUUGGCGCUGGCCCAAGGAACUGCAUCGGUUUACGAUUUGCAAUGCUUUCAGCAAAGGCAGCUAUGAUUGCCCUUAUGAAGAACUUUAGAUUCUCAGUAUGUCCUAAAACCGUGGAUCCAAUAAAGUUGAACACGAGAUCAAUACUGAUCAAAGCAGAAACAGGGUUAUGGGUUCGCAUCGAAUCACUGUAGACAUUGUUUUAAAAAUCAUUUAUGAACUUAGCAUAUAUAAGGAAAGGUAGAGAUUAAAAAUAACUCGUAGGUAGCUAACUCGCCUCAUUAAUCCAUAAUUAUUUAGGCUGUGACCCACGACGUCAUCGGUUUAUCUCAAGUCUGUGAACGUUUGGCAGUAAUAGUUCGAGCGGAGCUGAUGAGUACAAGGUGAAUCUAAAACACGGAUAAUUCCUUUUUUGAGACGGGUAAAUAGAAUAUUGUGUUGACUCAAAAUGGAAGUGCGAUAAGCAGAGAAUAUGAUGUCUAAUGUCAUAUUAUUUAAUAUGAGAAUGGGAAGUAUUUUCAAGUACAAAUAAUGCAUAUAAUAAACCCUGAUGAUGUUUCAAAAUAUUAGUUUGACUAAAUAUAAUCAGUCAUAUCUUGCCAUAUACAACUAUAGGUAAAGAAUAAUUUAUAAUAGUUUAUUAUAUUUUAUAAUUUUGUUCAUUGUUGAUAAAAGGUUAGACAAUAUUGUUUUAUAUAUAGUAAAACUUAAAUAAAAUUGUUUAGUUUUACAAAGUUUAAAGGAAUUUAUGUGUAAACUUGAGAAUAUUUUUUUAUUAAAAUAUUAUUUCUGUGAACAUAUAUGUUAUAGUUAAAGGAAAUUAUCCUUAAAUUUUUGUGGGUGUUAAAAAUUGCCAUACCUUUCAUCAUGAAUUUAUUUGCUGCUAUUUUUUAUUAUAGAUCAUAGACAUAAAUGUUAACUUUGGUUUAAAUAUUUGUGAGAUAUUAUUGCUAGAUUAAUAUAUUAUACCACUUUUGACCUCUCCUCCUUUAAUUUAGUGUUGUUGCUAUUAUAUACAUGGUGUAUACUGGUGUAUAUCACUACCAAGUGAUAAGGUAUUCUUGCCAAUGGUUUAUGUAGAUUUAUAAUAUAUUUAAAUAAAGGGAUAUUGUUACAAAUA